AUGUCGAGGGGGCGGUCGGGGAAGCGGCGGAAGUCGGGUGGCGGCUCGGCGAAGUCGAAGAAGGGCCGGGACCGUGGCGGGGCCGCCGGCGGCAAGCAGGCGGCCAAAUGCGCGGCGCCACCGCAGCCGGUGACGGAAGCCAUGCGGCUGCGGAUCCACCGGGAGCUGGAGGCCUUUCGCGCAUCGGACGCCGCCGAGAUGACCUUUGCCGCAGACCUCACUAGCAGCGACCGGGGAGUGGUGCACAACUUGAGCCGGCGAUAUGGAUUUGAAACCAAGAGUAGGGGGAAGGGCGAUGAGAGGCGCAUGACUGUCUACAAGUCCAUCCGAAAAAACACAACAGCUACGACUUAUGCAAUGCAAGUGACACCAAAGGCAGAGAUGGCUGUUGGUCAGCACUUCGAGCAUUUUCCUCCCACCGAAGCUGAACUCAACGAGGUGCUAGCUCCUGAGCCUUUGGAUGGUGGCGAGGCGAGCAGCUCCAGCACAGUGGGGUCCAACGGCAGCCAGGGGUCCUCCACCACCAAGAUGCAGCCCCGCAGGAAGAGGAUGCGGUCAGUGAUGAAUCUGGCAUCCAGGUUCUCUGAGGAGCAGGUCAUGGAGCGCUGGAAGGCUGUGUGUGAACGGCGGAGAACACCUGGGAUGGCUGAGAUCAAUGCAGCAAGGGAGGCCUUGCCAAUAGUGAAACACAGGGAGGAGAUUCUGGAGGCAAUGAAAAGCAACCAAGUGGUGCUUGUGUGCGGAGAAACCGGCAGCGGAAAGACCACCCAGAUCCCCCAAUACAUCAUGGAUGACUGCUGGUCGAGGGGUGAGCCUUGCAAAAUAAUGUGCACCCAGCCACGGCGCCUGUCAGCAAUAUCGAUCUCCGAACGUGUGGCAGUGGAGAGGGGCGAGGCCAUAGGGGACAACGUGGGGUACACGAUUCGCCUGGAGGCCAAGGGAGGCCCACAGUCAUCCCUGGUGUUCUGCACAAAUGGAAUCUUGCUGCGUAUUGCAACAAAGGGUGGCGACCUGGACGACUUCACCCAUGUCAUCCUUGACGAAGUCCACGAGCGGGAUGCCUUUGCCGACUUCCUGCUCAUCACACUCCGUGACGUGCUCCCCAACCACCCCAACCUCAAGUUGGUUCUGAUGUCUGCCACACUGCAGCACCAGCUGUUCUCGGACUAUUUCGGGGGAUGCCCAAUACUGUACGUGCAGGGGCGGACGUUUGCUGUUGAGGAUUUCUACCUUGAGGACAUCCUGAGGCUGACAGGAUAUGAGCAAGAGGUCACCGGCAGGAGGGGGGGCACUGGCGCCGUCAAGAAGCAGCCUUAUUCGACUGCCCAGCAGCGCUGCGAGGUGGAGGAUGCCAUCCGAAAUGCAUUCACAAGUGGACGGGAUGAAGCCUUUGAGCGCUUGCUGGAAGUUACAGGGGCUCAAAGUGAAGGGAGUUUGGUGAACAUUCAACAUUCAGGCACAGGUGCCACGGCACUCAUUGCAGCGGCAAGCUGGGGCCGCUUGUCUGAAGUCUGCCAGUUGCUUGAGAAGGGGGCGGAUGUGCUCAUCCAAGCUUUCAACGGGCUGGAUGCUGUGGCAUGUGCAGAGCAGUGUGGUCACCACGAGGUGGCAGGGAUCCUCAGGGGGGGUGCUGAAGCUGCUGACCAGGUCAACUCCUUGCGCUCCAGCUCAAUGGCCCUGGACCACUACCAUAGCAACUCUGCGGCUGACGAGGUGGACCUGGAUCUCAUCCACCGCCUGCUGAUGUACAUCUGUGGGGAGGGGCAGUACAAGAAGGGCAGCCAGGACGUGAAUAUCCCCAUGGGCGCCGUGUUGGUUUUUAUGCCAGGGUGGGACGAGAUCAUUCGGAUGAAGACGCGGCUGGAGAAGGAUGUGUUUGGGAGGGGCAGGUACCAGAUCUUGCCCUUGCACUCGAUGGUCCCCCCAGCAGAGCAGCGCCGCGUUUUUGUGCGGCCCCCGCCCGGCGUCCGCAAACUCAUCUUGGCCACCAACAUCGCUGAGUCGGCUGUCACCAUCGACGAUGUCGUGGUGGUGCUCAACUCGGGCCGCCUCAAGGAAAAGAGUUACGACCCCUACACCAAUGUGUCCAUUCUGCAGUCCACAUGGACCUCAAGGGCCAGCGAGCGACAGAGGCGCGGGAGGGCCGGCCGGUGCCAGGAGGGAGUCGCGUUCCACAUGUACAGCCGGGCGAGGAGCGCCAGCCUGCCAGAAUUCCAGGAGCCUGAGCUGAAGCGGUGCCCCCUUGAGGAGCUCUGCCUGCAGGUCAAGAUGUUGGACAUGCCAGGCGGGCAACAGAACUCAAUUGGCGAAUUCCUUGGCCGUGCCCCAUCACCCCCUGUAACAAAGGCGAUCGAAUCCGCACGGAAUGUUCUGAUCGACAUUGGAGCCCUGACGGAGGAUGAGGGUCUGACCACCCUGGGGCGCCACCUGGCUGCGCUGCCACUGCCGCCCCAGCUUGGCAAACUGUGCCUGUAUGGAAUCCUGUUCAAGUGCUUGGACCCAGUGUUGACGGUCGCCUGUAGCAUGUCAUACAGGGAUCCGUGGUUGAAUCCCACAGGCGACGGUGAACGUGCGCAAGCCAAGUCGAUAAGGGCCGAGAUGGCAGAGCUGGGCGGCGCUGGCAGCGACCAUCUGGCCAUUGUCACGGCAUAUGAUCGCUGGCUUGUGGCCAGGCGCUCAGGUCGCGACUGGGAGUUCUGUCGCAAGAACUUUGUGUCGCAUGCCACUCUGUCCAUGAUCCACGGCAUGAGGGAGCAGCUGGUGGAUGAGCUGCGGCGCAGGGGGCUGGUGGGGUCGAUGGAGGGGUGUUCUGUUAAUGCCCGAGACCCAGAGGUCGUGAGGUGCAUACUGGCCUGCGGCCUGUACCCAAGGGUGGGCUGCUCUCACCACGGGAAGCCAGGCGCCAUCUUGACCAGGAAGGGCGAGAAGGCGUUCAUCCAUCAGGCCUCCGUCAACGUGAAGCUUUCCGCCCCCAAGCCGACGAGAGGCAAGCCUCCCCUUUGUCCGCUCGUUGCAUUUGAUGAGCUGGUGCGUGGCGAGUCCCGAUUGUACAUUCGCGCCUGCACUGCCCUUCACCCGCAGCCCCUGCCCCUCAUUGCGGGCAGUCUGGAGCUGCUCAAGGACGAAGAGGACAAAGAGAACGACCCCAGGCCACAGAUGCAGCGGGAGACGAAGGCGAUCUUGUACAUCGACAGGUGGCUUCGAUUUGAGACGCGUCAAGAGCUGGGCGUGCAGCUGUGUGUCUUGAGGAAACGGCUGCAGCGAGCGUUCGCACAGAAGGUGAACGCCUCGCGAUCGCGCCUCCCGGAGGAGCUCCAAGACGCCGUCGACGCCUCGGGCCGCUUCAUGAGCGACGCCUACGUGGCGACUCCCGCCGGAUCCCCGGGGCCGUACUUCGCUGGACCCCCGGGCCCGAUCCCCCGGCGUCCGGCGCGGGUGCCCCAGCGCCCUGGACCCGCCGCCCACGUGCCAAGGACCGCCAGCGCCAGAGGGGGUGGCGGGAAUGGAGGCGCGGGCGUGACGGAGGGGCAGCGGGCGUUUGAAGAGAGAUGGAACCUCGGAUCGCAGCCCGCUCUGGGCGCAUCGGCCAACGGGGGCGCCGAUCAUCCUAUUGAUCGCUCGCCUCGCGCCGAGGCCGGUCAUUCCAAUCGUCUGAGCGACGUUCGCUCGAUUGGCCAGGAAGGCGUUCGUGCGAGCCGUCGCGACGUCGUUCUCGUGAGUCGGCGCGAUGCCGUUCACGCGAGCCGUCGCGAAGGCCAUCGCGAGGCCGCGCAUUUGGAUCGCGGCGGGCGCGGGGAGCGGCACGGGCACGGGGGCGACGACCAACGGCGUCGAGGGGAUCGGCGCGGUGCCGGACGCCCGGCGCCUGCCCGUGACCAGGCCGACAGGGACGCCAGGCGUGGCCGGAGGCGCCCCAGGGGACAGCAUAGGAAGCCUCGGGGCGGCAGCGGCGGUGAACGGAACGGGGCUCCCGGCGCCGCUCACUCUGGUGCGUAG